UGAUAAUACCGACACUAGCGCACAUAUAAACAACGAACGCAUAACGAAAGUCUUUCUUGCCUACAUGAAUGUAGUCUUCCUACUUUUGGGUAUUAUAAAAUCGAGGUUCAAACCGUUAGCUUUAAUUCUGAGGUUGUAAUAACAUACUUUAGCAUCUUAACAUGGCAGAUAACGAUGAUCUUUUGGAUUACGAAGAUGAGGAACAAACUGAACAAGUAGUCGAUGGAAGUGGAGAUGUCCCUGCUAAGAAAGAAGUAAAAGGCACAUAUGUGUCUAUUCACAGCAGUGGUUUUAGGGAUUUUCUUCUUAAACCAGAAAUAUUAAGAGCGAUUGUUGAUUGUGGAUUCGAGCAUCCUUCUGAAGUACAACAUGAAUGUAUUCCUCAAGCUGUACUUGGUAUGGAUAUUUUGUGUCAAGCAAAAUCUGGUAUGGGAAAGACCGCUGUAUUUGUAUUAGCCACAUUGCAACAGUUGGAAUUAACAGAGAACCAAGUCUAUGUCUUAGUAAUGUGUCACACGAGAGAGCUUGCAUUUCAAAUUAGUAAAGAAUAUGAGAGAUUCAGCAAAUAUAUGCCUUAUGUAAAGGUAGCCGUUUUUUUUGGUGGAUUACCAAUUCAAAAGGAUGAAGAAGUUUUGAAGAAUACUUGCCCUCAUAUUGUAGUAGGCACUCCAGGUCGUAUUCUUGCUCUUGUUCGGAAUAAAAAGUUGAACCUUAAACAUUUGAAGCACUUCAUACUUGAUGAAUGCGACAAGAUGCUUGAAUUGUUAGACAUGCGCAGGGAUGUACAGGAGAUAUUUAGAAGCACACCACAUGGUAAACAAGUCAUGAUGUUCAGCGCUACACUGUCCAAAGAGAUCCGCCCUGUCUGCAAGAAAUUUAUGCAAGAUCCCAUGGAAGUCUAUGUUGACGACGAAGCGAAGCUCACAUUACAUGGCCUACAACAACAUUACGUGAAACUCAAAGAAAAUGAGAAAAACAAGAAGCUUUUUGAAUUGUUAGAUGUUCUUGAAUUCAAUCAGGUAGUGAUAUUUGUAAAAUCAGUGCAAAGAUGCAUGGCUCUUGCACAACUUUUAACAGAACAAAAUUUUCCUGCUAUUGGUAUCCACAGAGGAAUGACGCAAGAAGAACGUUUAUCAAGAUACCAACAAUUCAAAGAUUUCCAAAAACGAAUUUUAGUAGCCACUAAUUUAUUCGGACGAGGAAUGGACAUUGAACGUGUUAAUAUUGUAUUUAAUUAUGACAUGCCCGAAGAUUCUGAUACAUACCUCCACAGAGUAGCACGAGCUGGACGUUUUGGUACAAAGGGUCUUGCUAUCACGUUAGUAAGCGAUGAAAAUGAUGCCAAAAUAUUGAACGAUGUACAAGAACGUUUUGAUGUAAACAUUACAGAAUUGCCAGAUGAAAUAGAUCUUGCAUCAUAUAUUGAAGGACGAUAAAUCAGAUCUCAGUGCAAAUCAAGUUUAAGCUUUAUUAGAUUUCAUAUAGUACGACUGUUCUUACAAUUGAUGUAGGAUGAAGAUAAAUAACUCAAACAAAGAAUAGAUUAAACAGACAAUAUAUACUUUUUGCAGUAUAUCUGUGCUAUUCGUAACUCGUGUUUCAUAUAAAUGCGCAGUUUAUUUUCCUCAAAAACCAGAAAUUUAAUGAAUAUGAAACACAUUGGUAUGAUCGCACUAUCGUAAAUGUUCUUUUAAAUUUCACAAUAAAAUAUAAAAAUGUCGAUAAAUA